UUUUUCUUCAACUUCGAUGGCUUGAGUGGCCCAUUUGCACUCAUGCUUGCAGCCGAGGAGGAAUGUAAGGUACGGGCCAUCUACCGCCCUCAGAUUGCACGGAGUAGCGGCGUGAUUCAGGUCGCUAUCUGAGUGCCAAUAAGAAAAAAACUACUUUCGACAUGUGAAUUAUCGAGAUUUGCUACUCAUUCCACCGGCUCGCCUGUCCUAUGCUAUCGAUAACGGGAUUUCAAGAGGAAAAUGAUUGUGGCAUAAACUAUUUCUGGAGACGCUUGUCACAGAUAUCGCCGCUGAACUGGACAGGGUGGAUGGUUAUUUCCCAAACAGUUCAAGCCUAUGUAUACUGCAUUUAUUUGUUGGAAUCCCUGCCUAGUAUCUUCGAGAACAGCGCAAGAGGAAUGCUGGUCCAAGAUCUAAUGCCAUUUACUUUAAGUUUUUGGCCUUUAUUCUUCGGUCAUUGCCUUCUCUCACUGUUUUUACUCUCAUGCCAGGGAGAACUCCAGAGGUCAUGCUCACAGACUGUGGCGGAGAAAGUUAGUGAACAGUGCCAGCUGGCAUGCCACUGUAGAAGAUACCCUCCCCUUCCUCCUCCGCCGCCUCCACCGCCUCCCCCACGGCUACUGGGCAUCACAGUGGCAGAGCCCAUGGUGCCCUCGUUGAGGCCCUGGUGGAUGGAGAUGGACAUUGUAGUGCUUGGAACGGUGGGCUGUGCCUCAGUCGUCUUCCUCCUCUCAGCCAUCAUCAUCUGCUACAAGGCCAUCAAGAGGAAACCACUACGAAAAGAAGAGAACGGGACAAGUCGUGGGGAAUAUGCCAUGAGCAUCCGUAACAAGAAGGCCAUGGGUACGAACAACACUGUGGUAUAGACUGUCUCCAGGUAGACGCAGGAAGUGACAUCACCAUUACCGUCUCUCACCUUAACCCCGAAUACAACAAUCCCUUCUCGCCCAGAAUGCAACAGGGUUUUACCCGAGGUUUUCCAAUUGGGAAACCUUCUCUCUUUGCUUGGCAUGUUGCCCAGACUGAAGACACCAUUCAGCUCAAAAGGAGCUGCAAAAGAUGGAAGAAAAAAAAAAUCAAGACAGAAAGGACCGAGAGAAAAAAUCCACAAACCCCCAUGGUGUCGAAAGUGGCACAGCAGGCUGAACAUUAUGCUCUUAGUAACAGCAAGUGUUGCUGACAGGCUGGUUGGCUGCUGGCUGGAGAGGGACUGUCUGCCAGUCUGCCGCAGAUCCAGACCUCACACACUGUUGACAUCUGCAAAGGAACAACAGACAAUACAACAUCCCUGCUGUCCCACGGGCAGCCAGACAGGACAAGCCCAUCAAACACAAUAAAUAACAUGCAUGCAGUUUUUACAGAGAAUGCAACAUUUUUUAUAUUCCAAUCCCCACACUGUCCAUCUUUUGUUCUCCAUUUUUUUUUAGACAAAUGCUUUGUGAGAGGCAUGAUGUUCCUGUCGGUCCUGGCUCUGAGAUGUGGAUUCAUCUGACUAUGCAAUUUAAAGAAAUCCAUCUAAAAAAAAAAAAAAGAAAAAAAAAAGAAAGAUGAGCAACGACAUCAACAUGGGACGUUGUGGUUAUU